GCUUCGAUCAAUUUGAAAGCGGCAGCAGUUCCGAUGACUAAGUAUCACCUUGGAUUAACUAUAUUUUUGAAGUCGAAGGGUUUACUGAUAUUCCAUACGAACCCCCCAAAGCCCAGUGGAGGAUCUAGCAUAUUUCCCGACCAAAUACGAGCAAAAUUUGCUGGUAACCUCAAUGAUGGCAGGCCCGUGUGCCCACAAUGUUGUGGAAUAUCUUUAAGACAGCGGCCGCCGUGUUGUUUGCCUGGAAGUUAUUCCAUCUCUUGA